AUGCUCGACGCGUACCAUAUCGGAUUCAUUGGAGGAGGAGUUAUGGCAACCACCAUGAUCUCGGGGUUUCUGCAAACGGAGACCUUCGCGAAAGACCACAUCCACGUGUUUGAUAUUAGUGAGGACAGAACCAAUUACUUCAAGUCCGUUGGGAUUAUCGUGAAUGACGGUAUUACCCCGCUGGUCGAUGCGUGCGACAUUAUUGUCUUCGCAGUGAAACCCGAUGUUUUGCUCACUCUCCUCCAUAGUCCGUUGAGCAUGGGAGAAUACUAUGACCGCAAGAAGCUCUUUAUUUCUAUUGCUUGCGGAAUUAAAAUCGCUCAGAUCCGAGAUAGAAUCCAUCCCAAAACGUGUGGAAUCGUGCGUCUCUUGCCGAACACCCCGUGCGGUGUUCUCAAGGGAAUCUGCUGUUACACGCUGGGUCCCAACACAGACGAGGAAACCGACAAACUGAUGAAGAACAUGUUCGGAAAGCUCGGCGAAACGCUCAAAAUCCCCGAGUGCUACAUGGAUGCUGUCGUGGCACUUGCAGGAAGCGGUCCUGCGAUUAUUUACAUGCUUAUCGAGGCACUCGCCGAUGGCGGAGUGAAAUCGGGUCUUCCGCGUGACUUAGCGAUGAAUCUGGCUGCGUAUACCGUACGAGGCGCAGCAGAGAUGGUGAUUCAGACGAAUCGGCAUCCAGCGGAGUUGAAGGAUCAGGUCUGCUCGCCUGGAGGAACGUCGAUCGCUGGAGUUGAGUAUUUAGAGAAGAAGGGAUUCAGAGGAAACGUUUUGGGAGCGGUGUAUGCAGCCUUUUGCCGCGGGAAGGACAUUGGAAACACGGAGUAAAAGAGGAUGCGUAGAGUGGU